GUCGGACACUCCCUGUUCCCCUAGCAGAGGGAGAAAGAUGGCGCCCACACACGUACUGAGAUGCUGUCAACGGGGUUUAGCCUGGAUCCCCGUGAUUUUUAUCGCCCUCGUCGUCUGCUGGUCCUACUACGCUUACGUGCUGGAGCUCUGUGUGUACACCAUCACCAAUAUAGGAGAGCAGGUUAUCUACCUGAUCUUCUUCCACCUCUCUUUCGUCAUGUUUGUGUGGUCUUAUUGGAAGACCAUCUUCACCAAGCCUGCCAACCCUUCCAAAGAGUUCUGCCUGCCAAAAGCUGAGAAGGAGCGCUACGAGAAGGAGGAGAGGCUCGAGUCCCAGCAGGAGAUCCUGUGGCGAGCCGCCUCCACCCUGCCUCUCUACACUCGCACAGGCGCCGGAGCAAUCCGGUACUGUGACCGCUGUCAAGUUAUCAAGCCGGACCGGUGCCAUCACUGCUCAGCGUGUGACAUGUGUGUGCUGAAGAUGGACCACCACUGUCCUUGGGUGAACAACUGUGUAGGCUUCUCUAACUACAAGUUCUUCAUCCUCUUCCUGGCCUACUCCCUGGUGUACUGUUUGUUCAUCGCCGCCACGGUUCUGAAGUAUUUCAUAAAGUUCUGGACCCUUUGUCAUAGGAAAUCGGCAGAGAACUGCCCAAAGAACGAAGUGAACAACAGUGCCAAAUUCCACGUUCUGUUUCUGUUUUUUGUGGCGGCCAUGUUCUGCAUCAGUAUUCUGUCCCUGUUCAGCUACCAUCUGUGGCUCGUAGGAAAGAACAGGUCCACAAUAGAGGCAUUUCGAGCGCCGGUCUUCAGGACAGGCUCCGACAAGAAUGGUUUUUCUCUGGGUUUCCGCAAGAACAUCGCUCAGGUCUUCGGUGACCAGAAGAAGUACUGGCUGCUGCCGAUCUUCACCAGUCAGGGGGAUGGUCUGACGUUUCCCACCCGGUUGGUUAACGCUGAUGCAGAACAGGCCACCGUCACUCUGCAUCCUGACACCAAUAAAUGCAUGCCGGACGUCUCUGUGAGUCCUCUCAGUGAGUCACAGAACCGCCUUCUGAGCAACGAGCAGCACGCCAACAACGCUGAAGACCACCUGGCUGCUACCCCCCUCAAAUCAGCUGAAAGUGAAACCAUUACAAUCUCCGUGGAGAGCGAGUCCUAACCAGGAGAAACACCUCAGUCAUCUAAUGCGAUGCCUUAAAAAACAAACCAAACUGUUUAGUUCAUCACCAUGGCCACAGCCCCCCCCCCCCCCCCCCCCCCAUAAGUGGAUUCCUCACAGGCCGCUUCAGAGAAACCUUUGGAGACGCAGUCCGCUGGCACAUGGCAGCACACUAAUGCUUUGGCGUUUUUGCACGCGGUGUUGGACGGACAUCUCCCAUUCAGCCUCCGUAUUAAACCCACUCAUCCAACGUCACACUCGGCUAUGAUGCCUAUUUUUCACGGUUAUGUUUCUUGAAACAAGUUCAAGAAGAAUAUCUGCAGGACUCUUUAGUUACGCUGUUAUAUUUUUUUAUUUUUGUGCCAAAAGCCUCCCAGGUGCACAAAGACUUUUUUGUUGUUGUUGUUGUUGUUUUUUUUUUUUUUUUAUCAAGACACAGAGCAGAGGUGGAUCCCUGCUAUCCAUUCAGUGCAUCUCAUUUUUUAGACAUCAUUCAAGCUGGAGCAAAUGUUUUUGUUUGCACCUUUUUCGAGAUGUAAAACCUGGACUGUUGCAGGGGACUCUACUCCACGGUUCAGUGGACUGUGCCUGUCCUCAGCAGCCAAGGCCGGAGCUGGACUUUGAGUGGCGAGGUGAUAUUUGAGCACAAGAUGGCGCAUUUGCACUUUGUUGAUUCAGUUUUCCUUUUUUCUUUUUGUUUUAACAUAUCCAAAAGAGAUGCGUGGUUUGACAGAUGCGGUUUGUGUUUGUGUGUGUUCCAGCUGAAGUGGCAGUCAGCAAAAAAUGUGCUAAAAGGAUCAGAUUAAAGUGUUUAUUUUGUUUUUAUUUUUUUUUAUUUUUGGCCAGUUGGUGUUGAAUUAUGCUGCUUUCAAACCUGGAAGAUGUUUCACUCAGUGCACCAUGCUUAUUCUUUUAGCCGUGGCUCGACCGCCAGACAGUCAGAGCCUCAACAUUCGCCAAGACACCUGUUGCCAAAUAAGGGCUGACAUGUCAGGAGUUCUGACAUCUGAACCUUAAGUGUUUACAGCAUCCUAGCUUUAUCCUAAACCUCCCAGGCCAGUCUCAUCACAUCCUAAAGUGGAGGAAGCAGUUGCUGUGGUGCAAAAUAUUUCUUAUUGCAUGAUUUUUUUUUCUAUAAAGGAGCAUAGCGCAAGUUCCAGAGUUUUUGCAGACGUCUGCCCCUGCUGGCGACAAGCUGAACUAACACCAGGGUUGUACCCGUGCAUGGGAGAAGAGGAAAAGCAUUUGCCACUGCGACUGCACAGGUCUGUUUAGAGGAUGCGACCUGUAUCACUCUCUCACGAACCGACUAAUCCAGCCUAUAGAGGCAACUGCAGUAAAUGGAGGAUAACUCAUUUUACAUGUCGGGCAAUUGUAAGGACACGCAUGGGAAA